GGAGAGCGGGGUGUGAUGCGGCCGUGCGGUUCUGAGGCCGUUACUCUGGCUCCUCCAGAGAGGGCGGAGAAGGAGGAGGCUGUAACGCGGCGGUGAUUUUGUGCCAGGGCUUCCCUGAGGCGCACUGAAAAGGCUGGCGGGGCUCGGGAAACUGGGGGGUUAGGGACACACAUUCAAGCCCCCACCCCCUGGGAGGGGAAGGGGGCAGGCGGCGAGGCUCGGGGUCGGCGGAGGGAUGGUGUGCGGUCGGUGAGAAGGGGCGAGCCCUGUCUGUCGUUGGUGAGGGGCUGCGGGCAGGGGAGGCUCCGCGGGUCAAAGCGUCUCCAUGCCCACUGGUGGGUGGAACGUGUGGAGCGGAACGCAAAGGUCAAGCCUGACGGCCGCUCGCAACCCUUAACGUGGUAUCUAACGUGGGAUUUCAUUUAGCCCACGGGGGGAUUAAUUCAUUGGGGGCAGCCUCGCUGGUCUGGCUCCUCCAGGAGCUGGGCAACCUUGACGGGCUUUUUGUCUUGCUGCUCCAACCCCUUCUCCCUUCCUCCUCCUCCUCCAGAUGCCUUUUCUCUGCCCCUCCUCGCCCGGUACAGACAUUUCCAGGGCAGGCUGCUGCUCGUGGCUGCUGUCGAAGCCACUUCUCGGGAUUUCGGCUCGUUUCCCUCUGGGGUGUUUUUUGAGGAGGGAGAGUUUUUCUCCCCUCCACGAUGGGAUUUUCUUCCCGUGCCAAAAUGGACUUUCAUUGAUUUCUACUUACUUCUUCAACGUUUAGUGACCAAUUCCCUAGGGUUAUUUUUGUGGUAGUUCCUUUUUUCAAGUACAUUCUCUGUAAAAUGGAGAACGAGAUUUUUACUCCCCUUCUGGAGCAGUUCAUGACCAGCCCCUUGGUCACUUGGGUUAAAACGUUUGGACCUCUGGCUGCAGGAAAUGGGACCAACCUGGAUGAAUAUGUGGCUUUGGUGGAUGGGGUGUUCUUGAACCAAGUCAUGCUCCAAAUUAAUCCUAAAUCGGAGAGUCAGAGAGUAAAUAAAAAAGUCAACAAUGAUGCCUCACUUAGAAUUCAUAAUCUAUCCAUUUUGGUGAGACAGAUUAAAUUUUAUUACCAGGAGACUUUGCAGCAGUUGAUCAUGAUGUCUUUGCCAAAUGUCUUAAUCAUUGGCAAAAAUCCCUUUUCUGAACAAGGCACAGAAGAAGUUAAAAAGUUGCUUUUACUUUUACUGGGUUGUGCAGUUCAGUGUCAGAAAAAAGAAGAAUUUAUUGAAAGAAUUCAAGGUUUAGAUUUUGAUACAAAAGCAGCAGUUGCCGCACAUAUUCAAGAGGUCACCCAUAAUCAGGAAAAUGUGUUUGAUCUACAAUGGAUGGAAGUGACUGACAUGUCUCAGGAGGAAAUAGAACCACUCUUGAAAAACAUGGUAUUGCAUCUAAAAAGACUUAUAGAUGAGAGAGAUGAGCAUUCGGAGACUAUCGUUGAACUCUCUGAAGAGCGGGAUGGUCUUCAUUUUCCACCCCAUGCCUCUUCAUCUGCACAGUCACCUUGUGGUUCUCCAGGCAUGAAGCGAACAGAAAGUCGACAACAUCUGUCAGUGGAACUGGCAGAUGCUAAGGCCAAGAUAAGAAGGCUUAGGCAGGAAUUGGAGGAAAAGACUGAACAGUUGCUGGACUGUAAACAAGAACUUGAGCAAAUGGAAAUAGAACUAAAAAGGCUGCAACAAGAGAACAUGAAUUUGCUUUCGGAUGCUCGUUCUGCAAGAAUGUAUCGAGAUGAAUUAGAUGCGCUUCGGGAGAAGGCUGUCAGAGUUGAUAAGCUUGAAAGUGAAGUUAGCAGAUACAAAGAGAGGCUACAUGAUAUUGAAUUUUAUAAGGCAAGAGUUGAGGAAUUAAAAGAAGACAAUCAAGUUUUAUUAGAAACAAAAACCAUGUUGGAAGACCAAUUAGAAGGAACUCGAGCUCGUUCUGAUAAAUUACAUGAAUUAGAAAAAGAAAAUUUACAACUGAAGGCUAAACUGCAUGAUAUGGAAAUGGAGCGUGAUAUGGAUAGAAAAAAGAUUGAAGAAUUAAUGGAAGAAAAUAUGACUUUGGAAAUGGCACAGAAACAAAGUAUGGACGAAUCAUUACAUCUUGGCUGGGAGCUGGAACAAAUAUCGAGAACUAGUGAACUUUCUGAAGCACCACAAAAAUCCUUGGGCCAUGAGGUAAAUGAAUUGACAUCAAGUAGGUUGUUGAAGUUGGAGAUGGAAAAUCAGAGUUUGACAAAAACUGUAGAAGAGCUUCGGAGUACUAUGGAUUCUGCAGAAGGCACCACUUCCAAAGUCUUGAAAAUUGAAAAAGAAAAUCAAAGACUAAGUAAGAAGGUUGAAAUUCUUGAAAAUGAGAUUAUUCAAGAAAAGCAAAGUCUUCAGAAUUGUCAGAAUUUAAGCAAGGACCUAAUGAAGGAGAAAGCUCAGCUUGAAAAAACAAUUGAAACACUUAGAGAAAAUUCAGAGAGACAGAUUAAAAUAUUGGAACAGGAAAAUGAACAUCUGAAUCAAACUGUAUCCUCCUUAAGGCAGCGCUCCCAGAUAAGUGCUGAAGCAAGGGUGAAAGACAUUGAAAAAGAAAAUAAAAUUCUCCAUGAAUCUAUCAAGGAAACCAGUAGCAAGCUAAGCAAGAUUGAAUUUGAAAAAAGGCAAAUCAGAAAAGAAUUGGAACAUUAUAAAGAAAAAGGAGAACGCACAGAAGAACUUGAAAAUGAGUUACAUCAUCUUGAAAAAGAAAAUGAAUUGUUACAGAAAAAGAUAACCAAUUUAAAAAUUACUUGUGAAAAAAUUGAGGCCUUAGAACAAGAAAAUUCAGAGCUAGAAAGAGAAAAUAGGAAAUUUAAAAAAACAUUGGAUAGCUUUAAAAACCUUAGUUUUCAGUUAGAAUCCCUAGAGAAAGAGAAUUCCCAGCUUGAUGAGGAAAACUUAGAACUGCGAAGGAAUGUAGAAUCUUUGAAGUGUGCAAGCAUGAAAAUGGCUCAGCUACAACUAGAAAACAAAGAACUGGAAAGUGAAAAAGAACAACUUAAGAAAGGUUUAGAGCUCAUGAAAGCAUCUUUCAAGAAAACAGAACGCUUAGAGGUUAGCUACCAGGGUUUAGAUACAGAAAAUCAAAGGCUACAGAAAGCUCUAGAAAACAGCAAUAAAAAAAUUCAGCAGUUGGAAAGUGAACUACAAGACUUAGAGAUGGAAAAUCAAACAUUGCAAAAAAACCUAGAAGAGUUAAAAAUAUCUAGCAAAAGACUAGAACAGCUAGAAAAAGAAAACAAAUCAUUAGAACAAGAGACUUCUCAACUGGAAAAGGAUAAGAAACAACUGGAGAAGGAAAAUAAGAGACUCCGACAACAAGCAGAAAUAAAAGAUACCACAUUAGAAGAAAAUAAUGUGAAAAUUGGAAAUUUGGAAAAAGAAAACAAAACCCUUUUCAAAGAGAUUGGUAUUUAUAAAGAAUCCUGCAUUCGUCUGAAAGAAUUAGAGAAAGAAAAUAAGGAGCUUGUAAAAAGAGCAACUAUUGAUAUAAAAACUUUAGUUACAUUACGAGAGGAUUUGGUGAGUGAAAAACUGAAGACUCAACAAAUGAAUAAUGAUCUUGAAAAAUUAACUCAUGAGCUUGAGAAGAUAGGGUUAAAUAAAGAGCGACUCUUACAUGAUGAGCAGAGUACUGAUGACAGAUACAAACUUUUGGAAUCAAAAUUAGAAUCUACUCUAAAGAAGUCCCUUGAAAUAAAAGAAGAAAAAAUUGCUGCAUUAGAAGCUCGAUUAGAAGAGUCCACAAAUUAUAACCAGCAGUUGCGCCAAGAACUUAAAACAGUGAAAAAGAAUUAUGAAGCUCUCAAGCAGAGACAAGAUGAGGAAAGGAUGGUACAGAGCUCUCCUCCAAUUUCUGGUGAAGAUAACAAAUGGGAGCGAGAAAGUCAAGAAACAACCAGAGAGCUUCUGAAAGUUAAAGACAGAUUAAUUGAAGUUGAAAGAAAUAAUGCUACACUGCAAGCAGAGAAGCAAGCAUUGAAAACUCAACUGAAGCAACUUGAGACACAGAACAAUAAUUUGCAGGCUCAGAUUCUUGCACUUCAGAGGCAGACAGUAUCAUUACAGGAGCAGAAUACCACUCUUCAAACACAGAAUGCCAAGCUUCAGGUUGAAAAUUCCACUCUUAAUUCCCAAAGUACCUCACUUAUGAACCAGAAUGCACAACUCCUAAUCCAGCAGUCUUCCUUAGAAAAUGAAAAUGAAUCUGUAGUCAAAGAGCGAGAAGACCUGAAAUCUCUCUAUGAUUCUCUGAUCAAAGAUCAUGAAAAGCUGGAACUUCUGCAUGAACGACAGGCUUCAGAGUAUGAGUCUCUCAUUGCUAAACAUGGAACUCUAAAGUCUGCCCACAAAAAUCUUGAGGUGGAACAUAAAGACCUUGAAGAUCGUUACAAUCAGUUACUAAAACAGAAAGGACAAUUGGAAGAUUUGGAAAAAACACUGAAGGUAGAACAGGAGAAAAUGCUGCUUAAAAACAAAAACCAUGAAACUGUAGCUGCAGAAUACAAGAAACUUUGUGGUGAAAAUGAUAGGUUGAAUCACACAUAUAAUCAGCUUUUAAAGGAGACUGAAGUUUUACAAACUGACCAUAAAAACUUGAAAAGUCUUCUAAAUAGUUCCAGACUGGAACAAACAAGAUUAGAAGCUGAAUUUUCAAAGUUAAAGGAACAAUACCAACAACUGGACAUCACAUCCGCCAAGCUAAAUAACCAGUGUGAGUUGCUAAGCCAACUUAAAGGAAAUUUAGAAGAGGAAAAUCGACAUCUACUAGAUCAAAUUCAGACAUUAAUGCUACAGAACAGAACACUAUUGGAGCAGAACAUGGAAAGCAAGGAUCUUUUUCAUGUUGAACAAAGACAGUACAUUGAUAAGUUAAAUGAAUUAAGACGACAAAAGGAGAAAUUAGAAGAGAAAAUUAUGGAUCAAUACAAAUUUUAUGACCCAUCUCCUCCUAGAAGGAGAGGCAACUGGAUUACUCUAAAAAUGAGAAAAUUGAUAAAGUCUAAGAAAGACAUUAAUCGGGAGCGUCAGAAAUCACUAACAUUAACACCAACCCGCUCAGACUCCAGUGAAGGAUUUCUUCAACUCCCCCAUCAAGAUAGUCAAGAUAGUUCUUCAGUAGGUUCAAACUCUUUAGAAGAUGGCCAAACUCUGGGGACCAAGAAAAGCAGCAUGGUUGCACUGAAAAGACUGCCCUUUUUGAGGAACAGACCGAAGGAUAAAGACAAAAUGAAGGCCUGCUACCGUCGUUCCAUGUCCAUGAAUGACCUGGUGCAGUCCAUGGUCCUAGCAGGAGGACAGUGGACAGGUAGUACUGAGAAUUUGGAGGUUCCUGAUGACAUUUCAACGGGUAAAAGGAGAAAAGAAUUGGGAGCUAUGGCCUUCUCUACUACAGCCAUCAACUUUUCAACUGUCAACUCUUCUACAGGCUUCAGAUCCAAGCAGUUGGUUAAUAAUAAAGAUACUACAUCCUUUGAAGACGUAAGUCCACAAGGUAUUAGUGAUGAUUCUAGUACGGGAUCAAGAGUUCAUGGAAUACAGGACAUUAACUGUGCAGAUGCUCAUAUUCCUCCUGUUCGUGGCAUCUCUGCAAUGUGCAGGGUUCCUUGUCUGAUCUGUUCUUCGAGACCAGCCAGCCUUGAUAGUGGCAGAACAUCCACUAGCAAUAGCAAUAAUAAUGCUUCACUCCAUGAAGUCAAAGCAGGUGCAGUUAAUAUCCAAAGCAGGCCACAAAGCCACAGCAGUGGAGAAUUUAGCCUGCUUCAUGAGCAUGAGGCGUGGUCCAGCAGUGGUAGCAGUCCAAUCCAAUACUUGAAAAGACAGCCCAAAUCAAGUCCAGUGCUCCAGCACAAAACACUAGAGAGUCGAGCACAUCACAAGGUCAAAACUGGUUCCCCUGGAAGUGAAGUUGUUACUCUACAACAGUUUUUGGAAGAAAGCAACAAGCUUACCUCAAUACAGAUAAAGCCCUCAAGUCAAGAGAAUCUUUUAGAUGAAGUAAUGAAAAGUUUGUCUGUCUCUUCUGACUUUUUGGGAAAAAACAAACCAGUUAGCUGUGGUCUGGCCAGGUCAGUAAGUGGAAAAACUCCAGGAGACUUCUAUGAUAGACGGACAACUAAGCCUGAACAAUUUGUGAGACCUGGUCCUCAAAAGACUGAAGAUACCUAUUUCAUUAGUUCUUCUGGAAAGCCUACACUAGGCACUCAAGGAAAGAUAAAAGUAGUAAAAGAAACUUCUCUGUCACGACAAUCAAAAGAUAGUAAUCCCUAUGCCACUUUACCUCGUGCAAGCAGUGUGAUCUCUACUGCCGAAGGAACUACUCGAAGGACAAGCAUCCAUGAUUUUUUGACCAAGGACAGUAGACUACCUAUGUCAGUUGAUUCACCACCAGCUACUGCUGAUAGCAGCAUCACUGCAACAUCUAAUGUGGACAAAGUACAAGAAAGCAGAAAUUCAAAAAGCAGGUCUAGGGAGCAACAAAGCUCCUAAUUCUAUUACCCACUACAUGACAUGUGGGCCAAGUGAGAGAAAAGUGUCCUUCAGUUUCUCAGUGUGAAGCCUUUAUUUCUGAAGUAACAAGACACCCAACUAUAGGAAUCACUUUUUAAAAUCUUUAAGACUUUAACAAUCCUUCGUGACUAGAGCAGGAAAGAAAUACAAACCUUCAUUCCUUCCUUGAAUCAAGGAGCACUACUGGAGUCAACUGCCAAAAUUUUAGAAGGUUUUGUGACUUACCAUACAUUGUACUGUUAAGAUCUACUGAAUAAAGGAUGUUCUCUCACUAAGGACCAAGUAUUUUAAGGUUUCAAGAAGUACUCCAAGAACAAUAUACUUCUUUCAUCAUUUGUUUAUGAAUUUAUCUAUGUUUGCUUAAUGCUUCUGCUAAGUAUUAGUCUAAAUCUAGCCAUUUAUAUUUAGUUGUGUAAACCUAAAUUAAAUGCUGUAGUAUGUUGUGGGAUGUACUAUAUAUCAAGAUACAGAGAACAUUGUUUUGGCAUGUCAGAGCCUUAUUUGGUUAGCAGACUGCAUGUGUUGGUAUUCUUUUUUUUUUUUUAAGCCAAUUAUUUUGAUGCACUGCAGAAGAAAUUCAGUUUAUGAGAUAACUCUGAAAAAUCCGUAAUAAGAUAGGAGUUAUAAAAAAAUUUACAGUGAUAUUAAUCUUUCCGUAUCCCCCACUAGCAACACUAAGCAAUUCACACAUGGAUCUAAGGUAAUUAAAGUGUGUUUUUCUGAAACUUUUUUUUUAGUAAGGUGAUUUUCUAGCAAAUGGCAUUCCCAAGAUAAAGCUGUUGUGUUUGAACUCAUUUCCCUCCUUUAGUACUGGGUUAUGUAUGUGUUUGUUUUUUUAACUUGAGAGCUGACUGUUGCUUAAGAAGUUUUCUUAUGGCAAAAAUAAUGUAAAUAAUUUACUAUGAUCUGCAUUUUGCCAGGAACUCAUUUAUUAUUAAGGUUAUCACUUAUUAAUAAAAAUUUGUUUUUGUUCUUUAUAAUACUACAUUAAAGUUGGUAACUGUUAUCAGUACUUUUGAAAUAUUUGUAUGCAUUUGUUACCUUAAACAUUUGAAAGAAGCACAAAAAAAAAGUAAAUUUAGUCAACCCAGGGAAACACCAAUUUUUUUGUAGUUCCAAUUUUAUAUCACAGUUUUAUUUUCUUAUGAAGUCAAAAAAACUGCAUUGAUACUUACUAAUGCAAAUUCAUUAUUUAACAAAUAUCAGAAUAAUCUUAAAGGUCUGAAAUGAGAAAGAUACUAACUUUUUAAUUUUAACAAUAUACUUCUUAGGCUCUCACUACCAGCUCUAAAAAUCUUUUUGGAAUAAUUCCAUAGUGUGUGGUUUAUGAACUGUGUGUUUCAUCACUAACCUAGUAGCCAUGAGAUACGUGUCUCCCUCUCUCCCUCCUUCCUCACACCUUUCUUCUUUUCCUUUCUCUUUUUGGUAGGCCAGUAACACUGCUGUGUUCAUAGUCUACUUUCAGAAAGACCAUUAAUGAAAAGAAAUACAGCAUGUAUAGUUGAAAAGAAACUGAAAUGGAAGUUAGAGAACCUGGACUUCGUAAUGCCACCAUUAACUUAGGUUUUGCCACCAAAUAAUGCUGUAAAAGUUAAAUCACUUUUAAACCCUUGGAUGAAAGGUGCUAUGUAAAUGUAAAUACAAAGGAUUCUUACUAAAAUACAAAUAUUGCACAACAGACAUAUUUAAAACCUAUUCUCUAGACUUUGAAACAUGUCUCCAUCAUGACUCCCUAGAUUCAAGUAUCAGAUUGAUAAUGGGUAUCAUGGCAGUCUAGAGACACUUGCAUGUAAAAAAUGUAAAUUCAUCUUUAGGUGGAUAAAUUGAAAGUAAAUAUAGAAAUUAUGUUUUAGCUAAAUACAGUAAGUGGGUAACUUAGAUUUAUAUUAACUAGCAUCUAAUUUGCACAACUAGGACACAUUCCAGGACAUUUACUGAAAGUUGAAAUUUAAUGAGUAGGAGGUAGCCCAGUGAGGGUGUAUGAUAUCACAGCUUGGUCUCUACAGGACACUAAUAUCCUAAAAUAGAGAACAUGCUGACUGAGGCAGCACAUUACUGCUUCAAUUAGAAAAUGCUUAAGGGUAGCCUAUAAAGUACUGAACCUGAGUAGGCUGACCCUGAGAAAAUGCAGCAAGACAACCAAGAGAAUACUUGAGACUGCAAAAGUGGAAUAUUCUCAACUGUAUUAAUCACCUUUUUCAUACCAUUUCAAGAAAGGAUUAGAUAACCACAUGAAUAUUUUACCGUCUCCAAAAGAUACCAUCAGAAGCAAACUUAGUAUGAAGUCAGGCUUUUCCCUUAGAUAAACUACUUCUGCCAAACAAAAUAGUGUAGCCAACUAGAAACUAACUGGGGCCACUUUCCAGACUGGGGCCUGACAUGCUUUUAAUGAUCUGGCUCUAUUCUAAAUCAAUACCCAAACCCUCUCGGAAACUAAAGAAUUUAUAUACAGGGUAAUAGCUUCGGCCCAGAGCUCCAAUAAAGUGCUUCAGAUCUGGCAAUAUGGAAAUGUUCGGUCCAAGUUUUUGAACUGGUGGUUACCAAAGAGUACACAAAACAGGUUUGUAUGUAGCACCUUUCAUGCAAGGCAUGGUAAAAGCCUAUUUAAAAAUCACUGUGCAUGUUACAGAAUUGCAGUCACCUCACAAAUGAAGUAUUACAGCCUGCACUGUCUUAAAAUUUUAUGUCAGGAAGUGAAAAAGAUAUUGUACCAAAUCUGGAAUUACAAUGAGGAGUAAUAAUGUAUGCUAAAUGACUUUUGUAUUUUAAGUUACUUUUUAUGAGAAAAGUGAAUUUUUGUGUUUUCUUUUCUGCUACACUUAGUCCUGAGAUGUAUUUUUUUCUUUAAGCCUUGAAUGAAUAAUACAAAAGGAGCCCAUUUUAUAAUAUAAACCUUGAUGUACAUGUUGAGAUAUUUGGACAAUGAAAAUGCCUUAAAAGGAAUGCUUAUGGAUAAAAUUGCACUUACAACACCCUUUAACAAAACGUGAUUUCAAAUUGUCUUUUUCUUUUCUACUAAGGGUUCUCUCUUUCAGUGUUUGCCAUUGUACUUGUAACUGUUAUUAAAUAUCAAAUCCAAUAAUAUAAAAGAUGUACCAUUUCCUUUAAAAGUAAUGCUACUGAGAAAUUUGGAGUUGAAUGGCAAAAUGUUUAUUACUUGGCUAUACUUAAUAUAAGCCACAGUUCAUAACAAAAAAUCCAGUUUAUAAC